AUCAGGGCAACAGUAGAGGAGGUGUUCCUGGUAGCCAUCUUGGAUGUGCGGAGUGAUUGUUUGGCGAAAAUAAUUAAUAUAAUUUAGAAAAAUAGCGUGAGGACGUAGGCAAAUACGAUUUAAAAGAGUGGCGUCAACUAAGAACAGAAAAGAUAAAUCGGAAAAUCCAGUGAAAGAAGGCAUGAAGACAGCAUCCUAGUCAACAGUCAUGGCUGAUAAAAGGAAACUUCAAGGUGAAAUAGAUCGAUGUUUGAAAAAAGUAACGGAAGGCGUGGAACAGUUUGAAGACAUUUGGCAAAAGCUUCACAAUGCAGCCAACGCUAACCAGAAGGAGAAGUAUGAAGCAGACCUCAAGAAAGAGAUUAAAAAACUACAGCGUCUUCGAGACCAGAUCAAGACGUGGGUGGCCUCCAACGAGAUUAAAGACAAAAGGCAGCUAGUGGAGAAUCGCAAACUGAUUGAGACGCAAAUGGAGCGGUUCAAGAUCGUGGAGCGAGAGACCAAGACAAAGGCGUACUCGAAGGAGGGGCUGGGCUUGGCACAGAAGGUGGACCCGGCCCAAAGGGAGAAAGAGGAGGUCGGCAAUUGGCUAACGAAUACAAUAGACACUCUGAACAUGCAGGUGGACCAGUUUGAGAGCGAAGUGGAGUCCCUCUCAGUCCAGACUCGAAAGAAGAAGGGAGACAAAGAGAAACAGGACCGCAUCGAAGAGCUGAAACGCUUCAUCGAAAAACACCGGUACCACAUCCGGAUGCUGGAGACCAUCCUGCGCAUGCUGGACAACGACACCUUGCCGGUGGACUCCAUCCGCAAGAUCAAGGACGACGUGGAGUACUACAUGGACUCGUCGCAGGACCCCGACUUCGAGGAGAACGAGUUCCUCUACGACGACCUGGAUCUGGAGGAGCUCCCUACCUCUCCCUCUGUCUCCCCCCAUCCAUCUCUUGUCUCUCUAGCCGGGUCACUGGUGGCCACGUCCCCGCCGGGCCAAUCGCUCCUGGACGACGAUCUCUUCCAUCAGAUCUCCAGCGGCACGCCUACCUCCACCACUUCCUCCUCGCCCAUCCCUCCCUCGUCCGCAACUUACACUACGGAGAACUCUGAAGAUGACAAGAAAAGGGGACGUUCGACAGACAGUGAAGUCGGUCAGCUGUGCUGCACCAGGAGUGGUUUUGAAGUAAUGCCUUUUAUAAAAUUUCAGUCGCCUAUCAAGAACGGCAACCCCUCUUCGUCGUUGUCCUCCUCCUCCUCUUCAUCCUCCUCUUCAUCCUCUGCCUCCUCGGGAGCCUCCUCAUCCUCGCUGGCGACCAUCGCCGGGGUUGGCCUGCCGGUCACUGGGGGCAACAGCCUCCUGGGCAACAUGGGAGGUCUCCUCUCCAACUCUGGCAGCUACAGAGACGCUACCCAACUGCAGCAGCAUUACCAUACCCAGCAGGCCAGAAACUCAGUCAUCUCCUCCAACGCCCCCUCCAACUCCAACCCUUCGAACAACCUCCUCCUCCCCAGCCCCUCCGCUUCCUCACCCGCCAACUCUAGCACAACCCUCCCCCCACUCACGCCCAACACCCAGUUGCAUGCUCCGUCAAGGCCGCCGCCGUCCUCCAGCUUGGGGCUUGGGUUGGGCUUGGGCCUUGGUAAAGGCGGCAUUACGGGGUCACCGGCCGUCAGCCAGAUGUCGGGCCUUGGCUUGUCGGGGAUGCCGGCAUCCCUAAACACCAUGGCCGGGCUCCUGGCGGGCUCAACUUCGGCCCCCUACGCCACGGCAGCAGCAGGCUCCGGAACCAUCGGAAGCCCCCUAGCAGGGAAAAGCGUCAGCAGUAGCAGCCCGAACUCCGGCACAGUGGGACCGAUGGGCGGGAACACUGUCAGCGAUCGAUCCACGGGCCUGUUGGGCUCUGCGCCCUGUGCAAUUGGUGUCAGCGGUGGGAUCCUCAGCCUAAGCGGCCUUGGCUCAGGGCAGUUGGCGGUCCAGGGCCCUCCCCUGGUGGCCUCCAGUCCCAUAGGAGGCCUGUCCCCUGGAAGCAGCCUGGGAGCCAUAGGAAGCAUUGGAGGGAACUCUGGUUCAGGCGCGCCAAGCAGCAGCGUGGGCAUGGGAGGAGGAAGCACGGCAAUCACAAGGCCACCCAGUGGACAGAAGCAGAAUGGUAGCACUAGUUACAGUGCUGUAGUAGCAGACAGCACACCCGAUUCCGCCCUCAAUAGUGCCAGCCAAUUACAAAGCAGCCAACCCUCGUCUUUGACCUCCACCACCAAUCAGCCUAAAGACAGUGGCCCCAGCCUCUUAGGGCCCAUGAUUCUUCCCACCAGCUCUCCCUCGCCCUCCUACAGCGAGAGUAAACUUCCAGGCAGCGGUAUGCUCAACGGGCCACUCUCCUACACACAGACCUCUGAAAGCAAGCCCCAGGAGCCUCUGAGCACUCUAAAGUCUAUGGCAGAACGAGCGGCACUGGGCUCAGGAAUGGAGGGAGAGAUGCUUCCUCUGCACCUCACCACAGACAUUUUCCCCAGCACUACAUUGCCCCCGGGGCCUCCCUCGGCCCCCCAGCAGCCCUCGCUUUCAGAGGUCAGCAUCCCCCCAUCGCUGGGCGUGUGCCCACUCGGGCCUGUGCCCCUGUCCAAAGACCAGCUGUACCAGCAGGCCAUGCAGGAAUCGGCAUGGACGCACAUGCCCCACCCCUCCGACUCGGAGAGGAUCAGGCAGUACCUGAUGAGGAACCCAUGUCCCACCCUGCCUUUCCACCACCAGGUGCCACCCCCCCACUCCGACUCUGUAGAGUUCUACCAGAGACUGUCCACGGAGACACUGUUCUUCAUCUUCUACUACCUAGAGGGCACCAAGGCCCAGUAUCUGGCAGCCAAGGCCUUGAAGAAGCAGUCGUGGCGGUUCCACACCAAGUACAUGAUGUGGUUCCAGAGGCACGAGGAGCCCAAGACCAUCACAGAUGAGUUUGAGCAGGGGACGUACAUUUACUUUGACUACGAGAAGUGGGGACAACGGAAGAAGGAGGGAUUCACGUUUGAGUACAGGUACCUUGAGGACCGAGACCUCCAGUGACAUAAGGCAGAGGAGGAGAAUAAAAGAAGGUUGGACUUCCGUCGACAUUCCUGGAUUGAACUCAACACACUGGGAAGAGGGACAGAUUCAGACGCCAGACUGAGCCAGUCUUAGCAGAGCAUAAUGCAUUUGGAGCUUCUCCCUCUUUGCCCUGCGAAGCCACACCCCCUACAGUGAUAAACCCCUCCCUCUUUUCCCAUAAGGCAGUUUUGAUUUAGAUUGGAGCUUUUUAUCUCUUACCUGAACUGGAUCCCUUUUUAUAUAUAUAUAUAUAUAUAAUGUUUGGUUGAUAACACACUCCUUUAUUAUUUUUUACUCACCUACCACUCAUUUGAGAGAACCAAAGAUGAUUGGUCAAAUCUGUUUUAAUUCCCAGCAGUAUGGCAGUCCAAUUUAAAAAAAAAAAAAGUGACUAGAUGAAGCGAGAGGCCAAUCAAA